UUAUCGGAAAAAAUGCCAUCUCUUCGAACUCUAGCGGAGAUUGGCCAGGAAAUAUAAAUAACAUUUUAAUCGCUCUGCAGAUAUUUGGAAUUGCGCGGACCCGAAAUUAUCUGUGAAAUCACAAAUUACCGGCUAGCAAGUGAGCCAGCCACCAAAUUCGCGGCAGCGGCAGAGGGGCAAACAAACCGAUUUUGCGGCUGAAAAAAACAGGCGGCGGCGUCGACACGCGGAAGGAUCCGUCCGGAGCAAUCUGCAAGGUCGGAACUAAACUGACACCUUACACUGGGGCAAUAGGAACUCAAUAUGGACGUGUACGACGUGAGCGACGAUCUGGUCAAAAAGCUGAAUGACUGGAAAUUAAUCAGCAUCAUCUCCGGCAAGUUUAACGAGCUGAAGGAGAACUAUUCGAAGGUUAACUUUGUGGAGCAUGCGCUAAUUGACUUUAAGUACAUGGAAAAGAUCUUCCUGAACGUAACGCUGCGGGAGGACAAGUGCAAUAAGCGCAGUGUGGAGUUCAGGAUGCUUGGCAACGAGCAAUUCUCUCUCAAGAAUCGAAAAUAUUUUCAGGCCCUGGAGCUGUACAAUAAAAGCAUAUGCUAUGCCGAACCCAAUUCAGAGCACCUGUCCAUAGGCUACGCCAACCGGUCUGCGGUUCUGUUUGAAUGGAAACGCUAUAGGGAGUGCUUGGCCAACAUCGAGCUAGCCCGGAAGGCCAACUAUCCGGCAAGACUGAGCCACAAGCUGGACAAACGCGAACGGGACUGCCAACAACUGCUGGAACAACAACCGCCAGACGUGGUUCCCAUUGAGUUCAAGAUGAACUUCGAAGCGCACGCCCAGGUGCCGUACAUCGCCGACUGCCUGGAACUGCGAGAGUCCGCCGACGAAGGCCGGUUUAUAGUAACCAAUCGCGACUUGGUCGUCGGUGAUCUAGUAGCGGUGGAACAGCCUUUUUGCUCCACAUUACUUACGCCCAUGCGGUAUAUCCGCUGCGCCACUUGCAAACGGGAGAACUACCUGACCCUCAUCCCCUGCGACAGUUGCUGCUCCGUGAUGUUCUGCUCGGAAGACUGUAAACAACAGGCAAUGUCUACGUUUCAUCGCUUUGAAUGCCCGAUAAUUGAUUUUCUGCACCGAAUGUUCAACAAGAUCCACGGCAUCGCGCUCCGGACCACGCUUGCUGCCCUGGACCUCUAUCCGACCAUCGAAGAGCUGAUGGCCUUCUGUGAACAACCGGAGAACCAGCACAAAUGCGCCUUCGACCUUGACUAUGGGCAGCUAACGCGGCAGGAGCAGUACCGGGCCAUCCACGGGCUGGUGACCAACCAACAUCUACGCUCCGUCUCUGAUCUCUUCCAGCGUUCCGUGGUUUGUGCCAUAAUGAAGCACUUCAUCAUCGAAUAUACGCCGCUCAAGGACCAUUUAGGGGGCGAAGACGGCCGAAAUUUCUUCACGGAUCUGCUGUUCCGACACCUGCAGACGUCUCCCUCGAAUAUGUUCGGAAUCGAUCUGGUGGAGCAGGUUAAUGAGACAAAGGACGACCAAACGCAUUCUUCUGGGGCUUAUGCCUUCCUCUCCCUUAUCAACCACUCGUGUGCGCCCAACACUCUGCGAAUAUAUGAAGGGACCAAGGCAUACCUGUUCGUUUUGCGGCCGAUAAAAGCGGGCAAAGUUCUCUACGACAAUUAUGGCGCACACUUUGCCAUCUUUAACAAGCAGCAGCGACAGGACACUCUCUCCAUGCAAUAUAGAUUCGACUGCAAGUGCGAGGGAUGCGAAUUGGACUACCCGACGUUUCUCCAAAUGUCGCACAAGGCGUCAGUACCUUUGGUAACGGACGAUCCGGACAUGAAGUCGUUGGGUGCUUACAAUUAUGAUUUUGCGGUUAGCAACUACCGGAAGUAUUGUGACUUCCUUACGAAAUACGGCGAUGCAUAUCCGUGCAAGCAGAUCAGCUCAGCGGAGGAGUGCCUCAAGAUGGCCCUGCAUAUCAUGGUGGACGCAGUGCCGUUGAAGGCGAAGAUGUAAUCGGAACCUGCCCACCAUCACAACUAACACACCGCCGCCACCACCACGGACGAACUUUUCCUUUGCUGACAGCUAGAGCGUAUUAAGCAAGAGACACACAAUUAAGGAGAGUAAUUGAUAACUAUUAAUGUUGUUGCCAUAAGUUUUGUAGCAUAGGCAGCAUGCACUAAUUUUUUAUAUUUGUAAUUGUACAUUUCGACCCCUGGUUCUAUUUUACCCUGCACCAUAUUCCCCUCUCUGCCCCCCAUAUUUCACAAGUCGCAAGCUCAAAAUUCUAACGUUGAUUUAUUUUUUGAUCACAACAAUGUCUUCGAUGAAAACAAAACAAAAAAAGAAACGAGAACUA